UCUUGAUCUUCCUAAUCUUGUGAAUCCCUUGUCUGGUUGUUCCUACACCCUUUUUAUACUCGACUGACCAAACACGUCGCCUGGAUUUGCGGUUCCUUCACUUGACGUUGAACUCGCCCCCCACUCGGAAUUUACUUCGAUCGCUCAUAAUUCCGCCGGCUAGUCUACUGUCCCGACCAGAAAAAGAGUCCACCUCCCCCCUCCAGUCACCGGGAAUACAGCAGAUACCGUCGCUUCUGCUGUAUUAAAAUAUAGCGUUGAGUCGCCUUCUUCGAACGAUACGAGCCGUUUGUCUCAAGAGUACAUCAUGGCUGGUCAAUCAAAGCCGACACUGUCCCCCUGGGGCAGCGCUAUUGCGGGUUCAACCGGUGCGGUACUUGCCAAUGCCAUGGUCUACCCGCUUGAUCUGGUGAAAACCAAGCUUCAAGUUCAAGUAAAGAAAGCCGCCGACUCCGACGUUGAAUCGAGCGACUCGGAACGCUACAAGUCGACCUGGGAUGCCAUUGCCAAGAUCGUGGACAAGGAGGGGGUCGAGGGUCUGUACUCUGGAAUGGCCGGAUCCCUGCUGGGCGUCGCAUCCACCAACUUCGCCUACUUCUACUGGUACAGCGUCGUAAGAACGCUCUACACGUCCUCGACCAAGUCUUCGCAGAACCCCGGUACUGCGGUCGAAUUGAGCUUAGGAGCGAUUUCGGGCGCCAUCGCCCAGGUCUUCACCAUCCCCGUCGCCGUCGUCACCACGAGACAACAGACUCAGCCCAAGGGCGACAAGAAGGGCAUGAUCGAGACCGGCAAGGAGGUCGUGCAGAGUGAGGAUGGCUGGACCGGCCUGUGGAGAGGUCUCAAGGCCAGCUUGAUCCUCGUGGUCAACCCGGCCAUCACCUACGGUGCCUAUCAGCGCUUCAAGGAUGUCUUGUUCCCCGGGAGGAACAACCUCCGACCCUGGGAAGCUUUCCUUCUUGGCGCCCUCUCCAAGGCCAUGGCCACGAUCGCGACGCAGCCUCUGAUCGUUGCCAAGGUCGGUCUCCAGUCGCGUCCUCCCCCGGAGCGCGAAGGAAAGCCCUUCAAGUCCUUCGGUGAGGUCAUGCGUUUUAUCGUCCAGAACGAGGGUCUGCUCUCUCUGUUCAAGGGCAUUGGUCCUCAGAUCCUGAAGGGUCUCCUUGUACAAGGACUCUUGAUGAUGACCAAGGAGAGAAUGGAACUCAUCUUCCUCGUCCUCUUCGGCUACCUCAAGAACGUCAAGGACCAGAAGCUCAAGAAGGCCGUUGGCACCGCUGCCUCGUCGGCGACGGCCAGCCUCCCCGUGACCAUGAAAUAGAUUCCUUAUAUUCCCAACCUUACUGACCAAUGACCGAGUGGUUUUUUCCUUGUGUUCUUUCUUUCUUUCCGUUGUAUAGGUUUUUUGUUCAUUAUUCCAUGGCGUGCGGGCUGUAGAUUGUCAAUUUCCUUCAGUUGUUUACAAUCCUGUAUAUUUUGGCAGCUAUGAUGUAUAGAAAGUGUCCUUGUG